AUGGAUCCUGCAAAGGUUGAGGCAGUUAUGAGUUGGGCUCGUCCAACCACAGUCAGUGAGGUUCGCAGUUUCCUGGGGUUAGUAGGCUCAUAUAGACGAUUUGUAAAGGACUUCUCUCGCAUAGCCGCCCCAUUAACUCAGUUGACUCGGAAGGGGGCAGCAUUUGUUUGGAAUGAGGCUUGUGAAAAAAUUUUCCAGGACCUCAAGCAGAGGCUGGUUUCAGCCCCAGUUCUUACAGUACCGGAUGAAUCAGGUGGUUUUGUCAUUUACAGUGAUGCGUCCAAGAAGGGGUUGGGAUGCAUAUUGAUGUAG